CCAACCCACAGCCAGCCAUUUGUUUCAGAUUUGAAAGCACGCGACGCACGCCUUAAGUGAUAGUAUAGGAACAGGCCUACCGAUUGUGCGUAGGCACGAGUUCAGCAGGAUCGUCGAUGUAAACAAAACAACAGUCGGACUUAUGAACAAACUCUAGGAUUACAAGUGUGUUUUCAAGAUUUCAAGAUGCCAAGAUACGCUCAACUUGUCAUUGGACCUGCGGGAAGUGGGAAAUCCACAUAUUGCAGUAGACUGGUCAAACACUGUGAGGACCUCAAACGAUCGGUGCAAGUUGUAAAUCUAGAUCCAGCUGCAGAAUAUUUUGACUACCCUGUCAUGGCUGAUUUGCGAGAUCUCAUUCAGAUUGAUGAUGCAAUGGAGGACACGAGCCUCAACUUUGGUCCCAAUGGAGGGCUCAUAUUUUGCAUGGAAUAUUUGGCACAGAAUUUUGACUGGUUGCAAGAACAGCUGGAUGAGCAGGAAGAUGAUUACAUCCUGUUUGAUUGUCCUGGCCAGAUUGAGCUGUACACUCACAUCCCGGUGAUGCGACAGCUGGUAGAGCGACUGCAGGCCUGGGACUUUCGUGUCUGCGUGGUCUUUCUCCUGGACGCUCAGUUCCUGGUGGAUGCGGCCAAGUUUGUGUCGGGCUCGCUGACCGCUCUGUCCACCAUGGUCAACCUGGAGGUGCCCCAUGUCAACGUCAUCACCAAGAUGGACCUGUUGAGUAAAUCUGCUCGCAAACACAUCGACAGGUACCUGGAGCCAGAAUUGAGCACACUCCUAAUGGAUGAGUUUGAGGAGACGAACGUUGGUCCCAAGUUCAAAUCCCUGAACAAGGCCAUGGCUCAACUGCUGGAUGACUUCAGCCUGGUGCACUUCCUUCCACUGGAUUACAAUGAUGAAGGAAACAUCACAGAUCUGCUGGUCCACAUAGACUCAACGAUACAGUACGGAGAGGAUCUCGAACCCAGAGAGAUGAGGGACCCUGUAGACGCAGAAGGUCAAAAUGAGGAUGUGGACAGUGGACUGGAUGACUGACACUUUGUGCCGCUGUUGGGGAUGUUUCCUCUUCCACUUGGAAGCGUUCUUGCCCUUCCUCCUUGCAUGGUGAGUCCUCGUUUCAGCCAAUCCAAUUGUGUGAGAAUGAGUUACUGCUCCCCAUGUCAAGCCUAGCCUUUGGAGACACUUUGGAGAGUCCCAUUGGUCCCAUGUUGAACGAUAUGACACUCAAGGCAACAGCUGUUUCGAUGGUCGGGAGGUGAGCAAACAGCACCUUAGGACGUUUCCAGAUUGUGGAGUUGAAACACUCGUUUGGAUUUUGAGUGGUCAUUUUCGCACACCUUUCCAAAAGUGCUGGAUCUGUCAGCUUCUUCAUGACGGGGAAGACAUACCUUCCAAUAUCAGGGGAUAUCGUUGGGUUGUGGGGAGGCGGCUGUUCACCUUUGGCGAGGGCACGCUUGUAUUUGCACCACGAUGUUUCACCAUCGGGGCAUAAACGGUGGUUCGGUGCACUGUCCAUAGACAUCAUAUGAAAUAGACCCCCCAUAACACCCAUUUUCAUCUUAUCCACAUCUGGGGCAUUUUGUCUCAAGUUGGUAGCGUAUGUGUUUGUGAUCUUUUUGAUUUUUGCAGCAGUCAGCUUGCGAUUGAGCUGCUGUUUAUUGUCCUUUUUGACCUGCUCGAGCUGGUUAAAAAUUCUCUUGGCGAUGUGAUUCACAGUCUUCUUUGCGCACUGUGAUGUUGUAGAUGGUAAGCUCGUUCACACGAUUCAGCGCCUUGCUAUCCCCGUCGCACAGCAUUGUGCCGUAAAUAAGCUCCCGGCGUUCAACUGACCACCCAAAGAUCAUUUCCGCUGCCUUAGUUUCCAUUGCAUUUGAUGAUUUGUUGAAGUUUUUAUUACAUAGAGGUCUGUGUCGUUCUAACCAGGCUUCAUACUGAGGGGAAUCCGGCGAUGGUGCACGAACACAUCCAGCACAGAAAUUCGACACAGUGUAAGUGUCCAGCACAAACCCACUGCACAGAAAUUCCACACAGUGUAAGUGUCCAGCACAAACCCACUGCACAGAAAUUCCACACAGUGUAAGUGUCCAGCACAAACCCACUGCACAGAAAUUCGACACAGUGUAAGUGUCCAGCACAAACCCACUGCACAGAAAUUCCACACAGUGUAAGUGUCCAGCACAAACCCACUGCACAGAAAUUCCACACAGUGUAAGUGUCCAGCACAAACCCACUGCACAGAAAUUCCACACAGUGUAAGUGUCCAGCACAAACCCACUGCACAGAAAUUCCACACAGUGUAAGUGUCCAGCACAAACCCACUGCACAGAAAUUCCACACAGUGUAAGUGUCCAGCACAAACCCACUGCACAGAAAUUCGACACAGUGUAAGUGUCCAGCACAAACCCACUGCACAGAAAUUCCACACAGUGUAAGUGUCCAGCACAAACCCACUGCACAGAAAUUCCACACAGUGUAAGUGUCCAGCACAAACCCACUGCACAGAAAUUCGACACAGUGUAAGUGUCCAGCACAAACCCACUGCACAGAAAUUCCACACAGUGUAAGUGUCCAGCACAAACCCACUGUACAGAAAUUCGACACAGUGUAAGUGUCCAGCACAAACCCACUGUACAGAAAUUCGACACAGUGUAAGUGUCCAGCACAAACCCACUGUCCACAUCAAUUGCCACACCCACUCCAUAGUGUGACGAAUGACCCCUUUUGUGCCACGUGCCAUCGUACGAAACACCCACAACUUGCACACCAGAGGGACUUGUCUGUUCAGUGGCAUAGACUCCAGCCUGAUGUCGUUCCUUCACCACUCUAGCAAAGGCGGACAUGACUUCUUCCGCAGCAUCAAUCGCAGCCGCUCUGACGUCAAGGCCAAUUUCACUGAAGGUCUUAUGAUGCAUCACAUUUGGAACAUUCGUAAUGCUGAACAUUGUUUUCAUUGUGCUUAGAGGGGCACCACAUUCCUUCGCAGCUAAAACGGUACGCACAUUGAUAUCGUAACGAUGGGUGGGUUUUGGAAAAGAAGAAUUGGACCAAACUUUUUUCUGACACGUAUAGCACUCCACCGUGAAACGGCAGGCUAAACCGAUGUCUCCUGAUGUCGUAAUGGAGAUGUUGGAGCCAUAACAGAUAGGGCAUACGAUUACCUCAGACAACGAUUGAAAAAAACGACGAAUGGAUGAGGCAGUAUCUUUCUUGUAGAAGAUCAGAAGCAGAGGAAUGGUCACCAAAAGCUGACAUCUUCUGCUCACAUCGUAACGCAUUCAGUUGGUCGCCUUCUUCAACAGAACAGUCGGAAGCCGGCUCACUGUUCGAAAAAGAAAUAAAAUUGUAUUACAACCA